GAUAGUUUUUCUUUACUUAUAUUUUGCUAUUUAAGGUAUGUUUUACGAUAGUUCAGAACUUUAUCGAUUUUAUUAUUCUCUUAAUUUUGUUUUAGAAUAGUUCCCUUAGUAACAGAGAAGGUAAUACUUGUCUCUCACGAUAUUAGUGCUUCUUCCAUUACCACUAUUUUUUUUUAAAUCGGCUAAAAAUAUAUAUGUUACAGUAAGCCAUUAAAAUUUUUAUUUUAUUUAAUUUUGGUUUAAACGAAUAAUAGCUAAAAAUUAAAAUAAUGUUGCGUUCAAAACGUGAAGAAAGAUCCGAGUACCAACUUCAAAUUAAAUUAAAGAAUGAAAACCGCCAGUUAAAAAUUUUACAAAGACAACAUGAAAACACAUUAUUUCGAUAUGGUCAGACAUCAGUUGACAUGCAGCAAAUUUUAAUAACUUAUACGGAUGAUUUAAAAAUGAUGCAUUAUUACAUGCAAAAAUUGAAAAACAAAUUGAGAAAAUCUCAAGACGACUAUAAACAACAAAAUACCGAACUUCUUGAGAUAAAAAAAAAUUAUAAACAUUUGUUAGACUUAUCAAAAAAUAAGCAAUUAGAAGAACGUGAAAAGCUCUCUAGCCAUUUAGAAGAAAACAAAGAAUUAAUUAAAGAACUAGAUAAAAAUAUUCUAGCUUUAACGAGUGCAAAUGAAAAUCAGAAAAAGAACUACCAGAUUCAAUUAGCUGAAGAAACAAAUAAAGUUAAAAAAUUGCAAAUAGAACUUAAGAAUAUGACUGAUCAAUAUAAAAAACUGCAAUCACAGAUGGAAAUAUUGAAGUUUAAGAGUUAUGGAGGAAGACGAAGUUUUGUAAGGGGUAUGUCUGGUUGUUAUACAAAUGAUACAUCUACUUCUAAAAUUACUACCUUAGAACGGGAUAAAGACAAAAUACCAAAAUUCAACAAAAACUUUAUUAAAAAAAACAAUUCAAUUAAACCACAAAAUACUAAUGUUCCUAGAAAAUCUCUUAAAACAGAAUUAUCAAAUAUUAGCGAUACUACUAGAGAUAUGCAAUUAAAACUAAUGCGACAAGUUCACGGAGAUGUAAUUGAAAAACCUAAAAUUUUGUUAAAAAAAAAAUCAACUAAUACAUCAAUUCUUCCGUGGAAUAAUCGAGAUAUUUUCAAACUUCUAAAAGAAAGAGAAAUCGAAUCAUUAGGUGAGAAAUUUAUUGAUUUAGAAGAUAAAUUGUCAAAUAUUAUAAAUCCUUUUUCAGUUUCUGAUGUUCCAAAAAAUGUUAAAACAAAAACUAGCAGACUAUAGUUAAUGUUUACGUAGUUUUUUUCUAAUUUAUUGUAUUAUUUAAUUAAUAUA